CACGGGCGCGCCAAGGCCUCGCGGACGGUGGCUGGCGCGGCUCAGUAGGGCCCGCGGAAUUGGCGAACUGUGUGGAAGGAGCGGGAUCUGUAGAGCUCAGCAGCGGCGAGGUACAAAACAAAGAAUCGCUUUGCACAAAGCCAGAAGGGAUAUACUGAAAGAAUUAUCAGAAAAGAAUAAUACAUAGAAUGUGACCACUUCUCACCACCUCCCCUGCUAUCUCUCUGUCCUGAGCCACCAUCAUCUCUGACAUCGGAAUGAUUGUGAACAGCCUCUCUCUGUGCUACCACAACAAACUCAUCUUAGCCCCUAUGGUUCGGGUAGGGACUCUCCCAAUGCGGCUGCUGGCCCUGGACUAUGGAGCGGACAUUGUGUACUGUGAGGAGCUGAUUGACCUCAAGAUGCUUCAGUGCAAGAGAGUUGUCAAUGAGGCGCUCAGCACAGUCGACUUUGUUGCUCCUGACGACCGAGUAGUCUUCCGCACCUGCGAAAGAGAGCAGAGCAGGGUCGUCUUCCAGAUGGGGACUUCAGACGCAGAGCGAGCUCUUGCUGUGGCCAGGCUCGUAGAAAAUGAUGUGGCUGGUAUCGACGUCAACAUGGGCUGUCCUAAAGAGUAUUCCACCAAGGGAGGAAUGGGAGCUGCCCUGCUAUCAGAUCCUGACAAGAUUGAGAAGAUCCUCAGCACUCUUGUUAAAGGGACACAGAGACCUGUGACCUGCAAGAUUCGCAUCCUGCCAUCGCUGGAAGAUACCCUGAGCCUUGUUAAGCGGAUAGAGAGGACCGGCAUUGCAGCCAUCGCGGUUCAUGGGAGGAAGCGGGAGGAGCGACCUCAGCACCCUGUCAGCUGUGAAGCCAUCAAAGCCGUCGCCGAAACCCUCUCCAUUCCUGUCAUAGCCAAUGGAGGAUCUCACGACCACAUCCAAGGAUAUUUGGAUAUAGAGGACUUUCGACAAGCCACGGCAGCCUCUUCAGUGAUGGUGGCCCGAGCGGCCAUGUGGAACCCAUCCAUCUUCCUCAAGGAGGGUCCACGACCCUUGGAGGAGGUCAUGCAGAAGUACAUCAGAUACGCUGUGCAGUAUGACAACCACUACACCAACACCAAGUACUGCUUGUGCCAGAUGCUACGAGAACAGCUGGAGUCGCCCCAGGGGAGGUUGCUCCAUGCCGCCCAGUCUUCCCAGGAAAUUUGUGAGGCCUUUGGCCUUGGUGCCUUCUAUGAGGAGACCACACGAGAGCUGGAUGCCCGGCGGGCCAAACUCUUGGCCAGGAGCCCGGAGGAGGUGGAGGAGCCAGCUGAAGAUACCUCUGGUAUCAUUAAGAUGGCUGUCAAGUUUGACCGGAGAGCAUACUCACCCCAGAUCACCCCCAAGAUGUGCCUGCUGGAGUGGUGCCGGAGGGAGAAGUUGGCACAGCCUGUGUAUGAAACGGUUCAACGGCCCCUGGAUCGCCUCUUCUGUUCUGUUGUCACUGUUGCUGAACAAAAGUACCAGUCCACCUUGUGGGACAAGUCCAAGAAACUGGCGGAGCAGGCUGCAGCCAUCGUCUGUCUGCGGAGCCAGGGCCUCCCUGAGGGUCGGCUGCGUGAGGAGGGUCCCUCCUUGCACAAGCGCAAGCGGGAGGCCCCUGACCAAGACACUGGGGACCCCAGAGCUCAGGAGCCAGUCCUGCCUGGGGAGCUGUGCAAGAAGCCCUUUUUAGCCUUGGCAAGUGGUAAAGAGAGCCCCCUGGAAGGCUGGUGACUCCCGUCCCUACCCUGGUCAGCCCCUCCCUGGGCCUGGCCCUAGGAUGGCUAUGGGUGCAGAGCAUCAGCCAGGUGCCACUGGACAAUUUGCUGCCAGUGCUGACAGGAAUUACGAGGUUCUGGCCUGGGCCAGCAGCCUGGAGCACAGGCCAAGGGAUCCCCAGAGUGCCCAUCUCCUUUGGUGGGUCUGAGUAGCAGAGCCAAGUUCCCAGUGACCUCAGUAUUUUCUUUGAAAACAGGAGCUUUUCAAGUGGCACCUCCCCAACCUGACAUUGGUACAGUGCAAUAAAGACCCUUCACCCUUACCCAUGGCUGGUUGCUUCAGCCUG